CAUGAGUGUGUUGAUGUUUGUUGCUGAAUUUCAAGGCUCCAUCAUGCUUUUUAUAGGGACUUUGUGAGAAAAUCACUGCACACUGAUAAAUAUUUAGCUCUUCCUUUAUCUUUCAGUAGUUUUUUGUGCAGUAUUGUUGCUUUCUUCAUGAAAUAAAUUCAAUUUGAAAUAUACGGGUCAUAUAUGACCCACUGGGCUUUUACGUCAGUCAAUCAUGUCCACAAAGAACAAUGAUUACACAACCACCGAUGUUCUCGCAAUUCUUGAUGGUGACAAAAGCGAUUUCAGUGAGGGUGGUUAUACUGAUUGGUCUGAAGAUGAUAGUAUGUCUUGUGGGGACAAAUCAUGGAGCUUGGCUGAGGCUGGUUUUCAGAAUGAACCAGUAUUGAGUGGCAACGAAGAUGAUGGUUGCAAUGGCAAUGGUGAAGAUCCCGAGGUUUAUAAUAGUGCUGAGGACAUACCCUUGACUGCCAGAUUAGUCAACAACAAGAAUCGCAGUGUCCAGUAUAUAUGGAAAAAGAAAACAUUCGAGCCACAGAGUGACAAAUUUCAAGGAAAAACUGUGACGGCCACAGAUCCUAUUGGUUUGUCUGAAACGCCAUUACAGUAUUUCAAGCGAUUCAUUACUGACAAAAUGUUAGAGCAUAUUGUGGAGCAUACCAACCGAUAUAGCACACUGAAACAUGGAAGAUGUGCCAAUGCAUCUUUGAAAGAAAUGGAGCAGUUAUUAGGUAUGUAUUUCAAAAUGGGUCUUGCUGAAAUGCCAUCUUACAAAAUGUAUUGGGAAAAUGGAACUAGAUACCCAGCAGUUGCUGAUAUUAUGAGCAGGAACAGGUUCAAGCUGCUUUUGGGUACAAUUCAUUUUGUGGAUAAUGAAAUUGUUACUGAUGACGAGAAGAAAAACAAGCUUUGGAAAGUUUAACCAUUCUUGGAAAUGUUUCGCAUGCAAUGCCUUCAAGUCAUUCCAAUUCAGCAUCAGUCAAUUGAUGAAAUGAUGAUUCCAUAAAAGGCAAGUUUGGCAACAUUCGUCAGUAUGUAAAAGGCAAACCCCAUCCCUGGGGAUUCAAUGUUUGGUGUAGGUGCUCACCGAGUGGCUUGCUACAUGACUUUGAAGUCUACCAAGGAAGAGUUGAGGGGAGAAAAAAGAGUGAAUAUGGUGUUGGUGGCUCAGCUGUUUUGAAA